AUGCAGCUUUUUGGACACUCAGAGAACUUUUUUCAGCUGAUAUUCCUCAUUCUACAGCACGCUUUGGUGCUGGGUCAGCAGGAUCCGGGUGACGGCGAUUACGAUUAUGUGUCAAAAAAGCUAAUCAAGGCAACACCGGCAAUAAUCAAGGAAACACCGGCAAUAAUCAAGGAAACACCGGCAAUAAUCAAGGAAACACCGGCAAUAAUCAAGGAAACACCGGCAAUAAUCAAGGAAACACCGGCAAUAAUCAAGGCAAACACCGGCAAUAAUCAAGGAAACACCGGCAAUAAUCAAGGAAACACCGGCAAUAAUCAAGGAAACACCGGCAAUAAUCAAGGCAACACCGGCAAUAAUCAAGGAAACACCGGCAAUAAUCAAGGCAAACACCGGCCCUAUCAAGGAAACACCGGCAAUAAUCAAGGAAACACCGGCAAUAAUCAAGGCAACACCGGCCCUAAUCAAGGAAACACCGGCAAUAAUCAAGGAAACACCGGCAAUAAUCAAGGAAACACCGGCAAUAAUCAAGGCAACACCGGCCCUGAUCAAGGAAACACCGGCAAUAAUCAAGGAAACACCGGCAAUAAUCAAGGAAACACCGGCAAUAAUCAAGGAAACACCGGCAAUAAUCAAGGAAACACCGGCAAUAAUCAAGGCAACACCGGCAAUAAUCAAGGAAACACCGGCAAUAAUCAAGGAAACACCGGCAAUAAUCAAGGCAACACCGGCCUAAUCAAGGAAACACCGGCAAUAAUCAAGGAAACACCGGCAAUAAUCAAGGCAAACACCGGCAAUAAUCAAGGAAACACCGGCAAUAUCAAGGAAACACCGGCAAUAAUCAAGGAAACACCGGAAUAA